AUGGAGCAGCCAACUCACGUCAUCGAUCCAGACGGCGAAGUGAUGAUAAAAAAACAAGUGCCAGAUCCUCUGAAACCAAAAUCAGUGCCAAUAGAAGAGCCUGCCGUGACUGAAGCGCCUACUGGAACUGGGGUUGAUGAGCAGCCAGAGGAUGAUUGCCCCCGCAUUCAAGUCUCGGCAAAGCAUCUAAUUCUUGCCUCCCCGGUUUUCAAAAAGAUACUCACUGGUGGCUGGAAGGAAAGUGUUACCUAUCUGCAAAAAGGGUCAGUCGAAAUUACUGCAGAGAGCUGGGAUAUCGAAGCACUCUUGAUUCUACUUCGCAUCAUCCACUGCCAAUAUCACCAUAUACCGCCAAAGCUUACCCUUGAGGCGCUCGCGAAGGUUGCUGUUCUAGCCGAAUAUUACGACUGCAGGGAAACUGUUCGCUUUUUGGGGCAGAUAUGGAUCAAAGCCCUGGAGGAGGUCAUUCCCUCUACAUAUUGCCGAGAUUUGAUCCUGUGGCUAUGGGUUUCCUGGUUUUUCCAGCUCCCUUCCCAGUUCAAACAAGCUACCUCAACUGUCAUGUCACGGUGUAACAAAUGGGUUGAUAACCUGGGGCUUCCAAUCCCCAAUAAUGUCAUCAGAUCGAUGGAUGACCGCAGACAGGGAGCUAUCACUGACUUAGUUCUCCGACUCCAUGAGACCCGUGAGAAGUUUCUGAGUGGCAGCCGAGGCUGUGGCUAUGAAUGUAGCUCAAUUAUGUAUGGAACUCUUACAAAGCAAAUGCAGUCGAAUGCUCUGCUUUGGCCGAGGCCUGAGGUUCCUUUCCUCGAUUUGAACUAUAUAUCUCUCGUGCAAAGAGUCUUAUCGUUCAAAUCGCCAGGAUGGUACGAUGGAUCGUAUGGCGACUACCAGCACUUGGUAAUCUCCAAUAUCACCUUGCCAAGAUAA